CGACUACCGAGUGUGGAGACAAAAUAUCCCCGGGCGCGCGGGGAUGAUGGACGUCGCCGGCUUGAGUCAGACGCCGAGAAGGAUGAGAUAUAUCUUCCUACGUAUCCACAUGUAUAGGGGAUGCAAAGUAGAUGUAUGAUAUAUAAAUUCAAGAUCACGCUCCCUAUCAACAAUUCAUCUUGGCAGAAAUCUCAACAGUCGUAAACUUAUCAUACUCAAGAGUCAAUAUACCUAACUUAACAAAGUAAUACCGACAAGAUGGUCAAAGUUCUCAUUCUCAGCGCAACGGGCAACCAAGGAAGUGCCACCCUCCGUGCUCUCCAGGCAUCGAAGCAGAAGCACAGCAUCCGCGCCCUAGUCCGCGAUGCAUCGUCCGAGAAAGCUAAAGCGCUCGUCGCCCAAGGUGUCGAAGUCCUUGAGGGUGGAGACUGGGACAAGGACGUCGCUUCGUUAGAGAAAGCCGUCGCCGGCAUCGAGGCCGUAUUCUUCAUCUCAAACUUCUUCCCCGGCGACACGGAGACCGAAGUCCGCGGCGCAACCAACAUCAUCGAAGCCGCGAAGCGCAGCGGUACCGUGAACCACGUCAUCUACAGCACCGUCGGCGGCAUCGACUACUACAAGGAGCUGCCAGGUCUAGACACCAUCCCCUUUUUCUUGAAUUACUGGGAGUCCAAAACCAAAGGCGAGGAACUCGUGCGAACAGGCGGAUUCGCAUACUACACGCUCCUGCGUCCCGUAGAAUUCAUGUCGAACUGGACAGUCGCAAAGAUGGCCGGGUUCCAGUACCCAGACCUGAUCAAAGACGGGGUGCUGCACACCGCGUUCCCCGAGUCCCAAAUCAUGGCGGAGAUCUCCCCCGACGACAUCGGCCGGACCGCCGCCGCGGCCAUCGAAGCCCCCGGCACAUUCGCCGGCGGGCCGACGCGCGAGUUACACCUCGCGGGCGAGCUGCUCGCGCUGAAGGAUAUAGUGGCGCAGCUGAGCGAGGUGACGGGGAAGAAGCUGAGCGUGUACACGUACUCGGAUGAGGAGGCUGUGGAGGCCGCGAAGACGAAUUUGUUGAUCGCGGGACAGAUCUCGCGCCGCGAUUGGAAGGGGAUGGCGAGGCCGGCGGAGGAUUUCGGGUUGGGGUUUAGUACGUUCCGGGAGUAUUUGGAGAAGCAUCGGGAGGAGGUUAGGGAGUUGUAUAAGAAUGUGCCGUAGACCAGGUAGGUUAAGUUGCGCGGUGGUGGGUGAGCUGUGGGUUUGGAGAUAUAGGUGGAAGUCGUGAGAAUAUAGGUACUGUAUGUGAACCGCGACGAGAAGCUGUAAAUAGGUAUCUAAGGCAUCGAUG